CACAUUGUUUUUUCAUGUGAAACCUUCAUAAGAGUGUAUAUCAAUCAUACCUUAAUAAAAAUUUUAAAAAACAAAAAUAAAAAUAAAACUGGGGUCUCAGAGUACCCUGAAAUGGUCUGGCAUGCAUGCAUAACCAUACCGUAUAGUCCACUCCUCAGGCCCACACAGACUCAGCCCUUCUUCCCAGAGUACGUGCCAUGCUCACUACCUGGCAUCUGCCUCCAGGGUGGAACCAUGGGACUAUUGUGAGCCUCACAGGAUUCUGGUGGCCUCACAAUGACCCCCUGAGGUCAUCAAGAGAUAACCUCACCAGCCCCUGAGCUUGAGGCACAAGUCUCCUGAGCCCCGUUUGGGGGAUCAUCCUUGGUCCUCCCUAGCCACGCCACCAGGGGAAGGCCCAGAUUGAAGCCUCUCAAGGAAGCCUUUGAGGGGAGCAGGGACUGGGAGGCACCUCAUCCACCAAGAGCAACCUGGUGGAGACUUCUAGCUGCCAUCCUGGAGGACCUCGCACCCAGUUCCCUUCAUCCUCCCCAGGGAGAGAUGCAGAAUGACACUUCGUUGCCCCCGCCAUCUUUACCCUCGGCCUCAAAUACUGCCUUGAGCACCAGCAGGCAGGCCAGCACGUCCGGACUCCCAAGCGAGAAUGAGACUGACCACCAUGCCUGCCUCAAAGGCCACCGGAAGCCCAGCAUCUCCAAGGUGAUUCUGGGGGUUGUGGCAAACAAGGGGGCACACACCCACGUAUCCCUGGCCACCCUGAAGAAGGCAGUCACCACCACAGGUUACAACAUGACUCGCAACGCCUGGUGCUUCAAGAGAGCGCUCAAGGGGCUGGUGGACAAGGGCAUUCUCAAGCAAAUGACCGGCAAGGGGGCCUCCAGUUCCUUCUGCAUGGGCAAGAAGAACGCGUCCAAGUUCAAGCUCAAGGCCAAAAGCAGGCAACAGCAGCAGCGGGGGUGGCCUGGGCAGCGCAGGUUGAUGCUGGGCUCCAAACAUGGGCGCAAGCAGCAAGGCAAGGGGGUUCGCAGGGUGGCCAAAUGCAGCCACAGUUAAAGAGGCAGGCUUGCAAGCAGGCAGGGUGCCAGGCUGCCACAGGCUCAGUGCAGUGGGAAUAAAAGGAGCCUAACUUAUUUCACAACUGCCUCCUGGAAUCUUUGGGGCUCAGGGGUGGGAGAGGAAGAGGGCUGGGGCACAGAAGAAGCACAAGGCCAUGGAGGGGAAAAGCUGGGAAAAACUAGGGUGAGAUGGAUUUGGGAAGGGCUUGAGGAACUGAAAGCACCCAUUAGCUAGUCCAACCACAUCAUCUUGCAUGUGGAGAAACUGAGGCCAGAAAGGGUCACAGGAAUUGUGUGACAGAACCCAGCCUAGAACCCAAGUGUCUGACUCAGCAAAGUGUGUGGGUGUAUGCUGGGAACUCUUAAGUUGCUUCUCAGACCCUUUCCCCGAAGAGGCAAGCAGAUCCCCAAAGUCUGGUGAGGUCCCCUCCCCUGUCCCAUGCCACCACCGACUGUUCCAUGGAGACCAGAAAAUGAGGCCAGGCCAGGAUAGGUCCGGCCCAGCAUUCAGCAGCCCAGGGCUAGAGCUCAGAGGCCAAAGGUGGCCCCCAUCAUUCCAGAGAAUCUGGUUUGUCAGUCUGCUCAUGGAGGCUGGAAGGUCCAGUUUGACAGUCUAGUAGGGGCUCCCACCCAGCCCCCCACU